AUGGGUACUGAUCCCGCUCUGCCACAGGCGCAACAAUGGGCGACCGCAGAACAACAACCAGCGACGUCAUACAGCUUCUCCCCUAUUAAAGCUAUCCGUGCCAUCCCCCGACUGUGGGAACGCAAACCCUCGACUCCUUUGCGCGGUGGAGCGAAGUCGAAGAAGUUGUGGAAGCGAUUCCACUCAUCCUUUUCGAACAUGCAAACCUUGCAGUCAGCAUCAGCUACCGGCAAUAACCCGUUUGAGAUUGCCAUCAACUCCUCCAAAGACACCCAAAUCCGUGGGGUCAAGCGCCUCAGGGUUGAUGACGAGCUCAAGGAAAACGGCGACUAUGAACGGAAACAGCGAGGGGCUUCAUUCCUCGAGACACAAUGGCUACCAGAUUCUCGCAAACGACGCAAAUUACCAGAUGCGCCCAUCAAUAUCUUCGAAGACAAAUCACAAGACUCCGAAGGCGAUUGGGCUAUGACCGACUCGCCCCGAGCUUUGAGUGGCGCGAAUGAAAAGAAAGAACAAACCUUCCAGGCCCCAGAUGGCCAGAGCAAAGAAAUCUGUCCCCCUGGAAUUUCCGAUGAACCGAGGAAUGGCGAUGAUUCCGUAUCGAGUGUUGAGAACAUCGAUCCCACCCCUGUUCCUCCAACGGCAAACGUGGAGAAACUUACACAAGAGCAAGAAGGAACCCUCGUGAGGUCUGCUCUGCGCAGCUCUCUCGACGGGGACGAUAGGGAACUCCUCAACAGCUUUGUUUCACGGGCUCAAGCUAAGCGUGCCGCCAAAGCUAUGAUGAGCCAAGAAGUCGAAAGUGAGAAGUCUUCUAGCCCAGAAGAGGUCGUCAACACGGAAGGUAUGACGCCACGGUCGCGCUGGGCCUUGGAGGCUUUGGACACGAAUGCUCCCUCGCCAAUCAAAGUGCCAGUUUCUCCAUCGAAAUGCGAUAUCGAUAUCAUCCCGGGUGACGAAUCCCAUGAGCGAGAAACGACCACUGAGCACAUUGAAGAUGAAGUCAACCUGGGUAGCCCAAACCCAACUACCCGGCGAAGCACUAGGGUCAAGGCACCUGCGGUCAAGGUUCCUGCAGUUCGUAAUACUAUUGCACUACGCAGGGCGAAGGGCAAUGAGUUUAUCUUCGUUCAGCGAACCGAGGCUCAGCAGUUGGCCCUGGCCACCAAGCAGCAUACCAGACAAAACCGCGGCGAUGCUAUUUCUCCGAAGUACGUCUUGGAGAUGAUGGCUAGUGGAGACUAUCAAGAUGCGACUGAAGGUAGCAACAAUGAGCGGAACGCCAAGGGUGCUCGGUCACGAAAAGCAUCUCUAAAGAAAAAUGUUACUUGGAACGAUGCACGACUAGUAGAGUUCGCAGACGAUGCACAGGUCUCGGAAGAUUCUGUGGAGGAGGCUGGAGAAGUCAAGGAUGAUACCGAAUCCUCGAAAUUGCGAUCUAAAGCUAAGCGGGUAUCACGCAGUGAUCGUAGCAGCCGCAGCAAAGUGCAUGAAGAGAUGGUCAGUGCUGUGCCAGAGGAUCUCCCAACCGCUGCUCCUGCUCCUGCUCCUGCUUUACCCAGCGCAACAUCACGGUCGAGACGUGUGCGACGCCUGGGAGAGUCGUCCAAGAUCUCAGGAACACCCGUCAAGACUGGAAGUGGCCGCCUUAGCAAGCCAGCUGCCCAACCAGGCCCAGUUGAUGCCAGCUCGGGGCCUUCGACCCCUACCAAGGCACGUCGCAAGCUGGUUCCCAAAUCUCCGGGAGCAUCCUCAUCUAUGCUCCCUAUCUCCAAGGACCAGUCCUUUGUUAGUUCAAUUCCUACCCGAAGCGGGAGCACUUCAACUGCCAAGUCAGAAGGGAACAAGCGCAAGAGUGCGCUCGAGGCCAGUGCAGGCUGCACUCCUAUGCCUCGGCGGGUCCGAGCUCGACCUUGA